AUGGACACGUACUUGAUAGUGCCCAGAGGUGCGCCGCCACCGCCUCUAGAGCCUGCCAGAGCGAAGGCCAGCGAACCCGCAAGGGGCGACGAGCCGGCCCCCGGCCGCUCAGUUCGACGGACCAGGACGCCUAUCAGUUUCGCCCCCAGCCCAGCCGACUAUGACCUCCUAUCUGAUGAUGGCCAUGAUGCCGAGCAGCUUCGCUCCCAGCUCGCCACAGCCGCUGACACGAUCGCCGAGCUGCGUGCUGAGAGGGACGAGCUCCGUGAGUGCGGCUGUCAGCUCACCGCGGCCAAGGGAGCAAUCGACGCGUUGCGCGCGGAGAGAGACGAGCUUCGACAUCUCGGCUCGCAGCUCGCCGCAGCCAAUGACGCGAUCGCCAAGCUGCGUGCAGAGAGGGACGAGAUCUGUCAACGGGAGAGCCAGCGACAGCUGAUUGCAGACAACCCUGCCGUGGCAGAGGUUCGGCCUUCCUUGAAGGCAGUCGAUCGGAGACAUAUCUUGGAUCUUCACCAGGUCGACGAUGAGCAGGCGACUGGCCGCACGAGCACGGCCAGCUCGGCUAAGGGGGCCAGCGCUGAUGUGACCGCCUUGCGCUUGGAACUUGCUGUGAAGAAGAAGGCGUUGCAGCGUGCACGGUGCGCACUCUUCGACAAAGACGACCAGCUCGACGCCAAGGAACUCGAGUUGCAGCACGCCCUCAUGGCUCUCAGGGACACGGGGCUCCCCAGCCACCCGAGCAUGCUGCUGACUGAUUGA